CAUUAGUUUUCAAUGCAUAAAUUGACUACUACCGUGCAAAUAAUAAAUAUUUAACGCGUGUUUGAUUGAUGCCAUUUAAAUAAUCAGCUGCUACAUUAGUGUAGGCAGACAACCAAUAACUUCGACGUUUAUUAAGCAAAGUGCCUUUUGCUGUGUGUGCUGUUCAGGUUUAUUGCUGAUGCGACACCGAGAAGUGUGCAGAAGUAGCAAAAGGUAUUUGUAACUUAUCGAUAUCGUCGGUUUUUUGUUUGGGCAAAAAUUGCAUUGUAAAAAUUAAUCCGCAACGAAGCAUAGACAUUGAUGGUGGCAAACAAUAUAAAUCUACAGACUGAAAGCGUGCAGCAGCCACAAUCAGUGUGCACAAUCAAAAACCAUCAGUUAAUUGCCGUCGCAGAGCCAAAACGCCGUGAGCACCAGAAGCUCCAGCGUAUUGGGACACCAAACUACACACAAAAACUCAUUCACAAGCAAUGAGUGCUGCAAAGAAAUACAAGCCUAUGGAUACGAGCGAACUGCACGACACCGAAAAUAUUGCCAACUGUCUUAAGAAGAGUGACAGUGCAACAACAAAUCCGGGACGUAGUGCGUUCGCUGCCCAAAAUAUGAAUUCAUCAUCUGCAGCAGCAGCGGCGGCAGCGUCCACAACAAAUGGCGAACGGUUGCCAAAUUUUUCCAAACUGGGUGCACAUCAUGGCAACGAUAUACGUGCGGCAUCAACUACCUCAAAUCUGCUGAAUCGCAUGGGCGCCAUACAUAACACCAAGCCGGGCGAUGUCAAAAAGAUUGUGAUUAAGAAUUUCAAGGCUAAACCCACACUGCCCGAUAAUUAUUCGGAGGACACUUAUAUUAAACUGGAGGAGGCCGUUAUUGCCAUCCAACUGUCCAAGCCCAUCAAAUAUUCCCUGGAGGAGCUCUAUCAGGCCGUUGUAAAUAUGUGCAGCCAUAAAAUGGAUGCACAACUGUAUGCCAAACUUAAAGAACUGACGGAAUUACACGUCAAACGCAAUAUCAAGCUGAAGGAGCUAACUGGCGGCAGUAUGGACAAAUUGAUUUUAUUGGAGAAAAUCAACAACUGGUGGCUAUCGUUUUGCCAACAAAUGAUCAUGAUACGCAGCAUAUUUCUAUACAUGGAUCGCACCUAUGUGCUACAAAAUUCGUCCAUUCACUCGAUAUGGGAUAUGGGGCUGGACCUCUUUCGUAUACACUUUGCCCAGAAUAACGUGGUGCAGAAGCGCACCGUUGACGGACUGCUUACGUUAAUUGAGAAGGAGCGCCAGGGUUCGACUGUUGAUCGUGGACUGUUGAAGAGUUUGGUUCGCAUGCUCUGUGAUUUGCAAAUCUACAGCAGUGCAUUUGAGGAAAAGUUUCUGGAUGCAACUAAUCAACUGUACAAGGCGGAGAGUCAACGCAAGAUGCAGGAGUUGGAGGUGCCCGAGUACUUACAGCACGUGAGCAAACGUUUGGUCGAGGAGAACGAGCGGCUGCUGCAUUAUCUCGACUCCAGCACAAAACAUCCUUUGAUAUACAAUGUGGAAAAAGAGCUGCUUGCCGAACAUCUAACGACAAUUCUGCAAAAGGGCCUGGAUGCAUUACUAGAGGACAACAGACUGAAUGAUCUAACUCUCUUAUACGGCCUGCUAAGUCGCGUCAAAAACGGCACAUCCGAGCUCUGCGGCAACUUUAAUGGUUACAUAAAGAAAAAAGGCCGCACUAUUGUCAUUGAUCCCGAGAAGGACAAGAGCAUGGUGCAGGAUCUGCUGGACUUUAAGGACAAAAUGGAUGUCAUUGUACGCAAUUGCUUUGAGCACAACGAGAAAUUCACGAAUUCGUUACGCGAGGCCUUCGAAUUCUUCAUCAAUCAGCGCGCCAACAAACCGGCUGAGCUCAUAGCUAAGUAUGUUGACAUGAAACUGCGUUCUGGCAACAAGGGAACCACAGACGAGGAACUGGAAAAGACAUUGGAUAAGAUCAUGGUGCUCUUUCGUUUCAUUCACGGCAAGGACGUAUUUGAGGCAUUCUACAAAAAGGAUCUUGCCAAACGUUUGUUGGUUGGCAAGUCGGCUUCAGUGGACUCCGAGAAAAGCAUGUUGUCGAAGCUGAAACAGGAAUGCGGCGGCGGCUUUACAUCUAAGCUCGAGGGCAUGUUUAAAGACAUGGAAUUGAGUCGUGAUAUUAAUUUGGCGUUCCGUGGUCACACGCUUAGCAACGAUCGCGAUGUAACCAAUUUGGAUUUGACUGUCAGUAUAUUGACCAUGGGCUAUUGGCCAACAUAUCCGCCCACUGAAGUCACAAUGCCACCGCAAUUCAUCAACCCCCAGCAGAUAUUCAACAAGUUCUAUUUAGAAAAACACAGCGGGCGAAAGCUGCAGUGGCAGCCAACGCUGGGCAAUUGUGUAUUACGUGCUCAAUUCGAUGCGGGUUCCAAAGAGCUAAUGGUAUCGCUAUUUCAAGCGCUGGUGCUGCUAUUAUUCAAUGAUAAGCCCACGCUCAGCUACGAGGAAAUAUUGGCAGCCACCAGUAUUGAGGAUGGCGAGCUGCGGCGCACUCUUCAAUCGCUGGCUUGUGGACGGGCGCGUGUCAUUUCCAAAACACCCAAGGGUCGUGACAUUGAGGAUGGCGACCAGUUUGAUUUCCACAACGAGUUCACAAAUAAAUUAUUCCGCAUCAAAAUCAAUCAAAUUCAAAUGAAAGAAACGAAUGAGGAGCAAAAGGCAACUGAGGAGCGUGUCUUUCAGGAUCGUCAGUAUCAGAUUGAUGCGGCCAUUGUACGCAUUAUGAAAAUGCGUAAAACACUAAGCCACAAUUUGCUCAUCACCGAAUUGUUCAAUCAGCUAACGUUUCCAGUCAAGCCUGCUGAUCUGAAAAAGCGCAUCGAGUCGCUGAUUGAUCGUGAUUACAUGGAGCGGGAUAAGGAUAAUCAAAACCAAUAUAACUAUGUGGCAUAAGUUUACCUUUGAAUUACCAUUUAUUUUGGCCAACAUUUCACACUGAAAACAAUUGAAGUUUUUUGUUUGUUCUUUAUAUCAACCCACACUAUACAUUAAUUGCUAUACAAAAAACAAGUCCAACGGCAAGUGUAUUGAUCAAUUACAUAUUGUAGUUGUAGUUGUUGAAGCGAUUCAUGUCUUUGUAAGCUACUUGUAUCAUCUAAUAAAUUAGACGAUUCAUUUACAAUUCGCUAAUACGUUGAAGAGCAAUUUUUUUGUCGGAUACAUUUCUGCUGUUUUUACUUAUUUUUUAUGAUGACCAAAACGUUCAGAAACAGUAAAAUAAUAGCGGUUUUGUUUAUGGGGUUUUUAUUUGUUUUUUUAAUCGAUGAUAGAUAACUUCUCCUUCGAAUAACAAUAGAAGAAACAUAUGCAGGCUAAUAUUAAUAGAAUACUUAAAUAAAUAAUAACCUAGUACUCGUAACUUUGAUGCAUCUGUAUGUAAAACGGAUUUGCAUAAAACUAAAUCGUUUUUAUUUAUGAUUUUUUCGAUAAAUAAACUCAAAUUAUUGUAUACA